GCUUUCUCCCUGACUUGCUUUCACUGUAACACCACCACUGGAGGCAACUGUGAAGAACACGAGAAGACCUGCCUACCACCGUAUGACACAUGUAUUACUACGCUCACCGAGAUUCAGCAAGACAAACAAAAGCUGCCCAUCAAACACCUGGUGAAAUCAUGUGGAGAAAGGAAUCUCUGCAAUCAAACUUACAGCAUGUCAUUCAACGCCACCAGGUUAUAUGCAUCAGUCACAUGCUGCGACUCAGACAAAUGUAAAACAAAUAUUCCUGUAGUUGAUGAUCCGAAAAAGGAGAAGGAUAAGGAGAACAAACACAGGUGCCCUUACUGCAACGAGCUUCUCACUAAGUGCAACGAUCCAAAGACAGUCAGCUGCUACGGAAAAGAGUACAAAUGUGUGAGCUUCAAGUCUAAAGAUGGUAGGUACAACACAGGCAACUUGUCUGGAUGUCUGUGGCUACACUGA